AUGCACUGCAGCUGCUUGGCCGAGGGUGUCCCUGCUGUUCCCAGUAACUACUGGAUCUCAGGCUUGGCCUUCCCUGACUGGGCCUACAAAGCUGAGUCGUCCCCAGGUUCCCGGCAGAUCCAACUGUGGCACUUCAUCCUCGAGCUGCUACAGAAGGAAGAAUUCCGCCAUGUCAUUGCCUGGCAGCAAGGAGAGUAUGGGGAGUUUGUCAUCAAGGACCCAGAUGAAGUGGCCCGCCUCUGGGGCCAGAGGAAGUGCAAACCACAGAUGAAUUAUGACAAGCUGAGCCGGGCCCUCAGAUAUUACUACAAUAAGAAGAUCCUGCACAAGACCAAAGGCAAGAGGUUCACUUAUAAGUUCAACUUCAGCAAGCUCAUCAUAGUCAACUACCCUCUGUGGGGGGUGCGAGCACCACCAUCUCCCCACUUGCUGCUGGGAGGCCCUGCCCUGUGCCCACCAGCACUGGUGCCCAUGGGCAUGCAGAGUGAGCUCCUGCACAGCAUGCUAUUCACUCACCGGGCCAUGGUGGAGCAGCUGGCCGGGCAGCGGACCCCACGAGGACCUCCAGGGGCCUCUGGGGAAAAGAAGGGAAGCAGCAGCAGUGACCACCGAAUUGGAUCCACCCCAGGCUCCUGCCGGCUGGGCACCUGUUGUCAUUUUGGAAACCUCCAAGAUGAGCUGCCCAGUUUUGCCUCCUUUACCCCUCCCCUGCAGCCCCUUAUCCCCUCUGACUGGACCCACCUCUCAGGGUCCUUCUUGCCCCCUCCCCCCACAGAGCAGCAGCUCCUGGGGUCCUCCAAGCCAAAUACUCUACUCCCAGGCGGCCCUAACUGCUCACUAGGGGCCCGGCAUUUUCCAGGGCUCCCCCUGGUGGCGGGGCUGGGACAAGAGGUUGGUGAUAGGUUUAGGUUUCUGUCCCUGAGGCCAGAGGGGCUUGGGAAAAAACCUGAUCUCAUGAUGCGGGCAAAGAGGAUCCUGGAUCCCAGGGAGAGCUUCUCUUCAGAGGUCCAUGAACUCAAAUCUGGGGAGGAAAGACCUGCCUCCCCCAAUUUGGAACCUUUCAAAGCAGUGUGGCCCUUGGAUCCUCCUUAA